CCCUGAUCUUUGUUUGGAUGCCUCCUCUGCUCCACCGCUAUCUUCCACUGUAGGAACAGGCGCGGUGACGCCAUGGGUCAUCAACCACCGAAGUCCACAGCGCCACCACUCCUCCGCCCCUUGGUCGCUUUGGAUGCUACAAUCUCUACUUCUCUUCACACACUCACAAGAUCUAUCACCCCGAGAUCACUUCUUUUGCUUCUGGAAUUCUUAGCCGACUUCCGCUUCACCUUCCCUGUCCUCCUCUCCUUCUUCUUCGUCACUCCGCCAUCCUCUCCUUUACGCUCCCACUUGCUCUCGCCCCUCCUCCUUUGCUCCCUCGUUGACCUCCUCUUUAUCGCCCUUGUCAAGUUCCUCGUCCACAGAUCCCGUCCUCUCUAUGGCAACCACGAUGAGUACAACGCCGUCGUUUCCGUCGACCAUUUCUCCUUUCCCAGUGGGCAUUCUUCCAGGGCUUUCUUUAUUGCCUCCCUCUUUCACUUUUCUCGGCUUUCCAUUCUCAACUCCCUGCCCGAUCUGAAAUCCCGUGCUCCUCCUGCUGUCACUUCCUUCUUGCGUUGGUGGAUUGGUCAAGAUGACAUUGUGGCCGUCAAUCUCUUCCUUCUCCUUGUUUGGACAUGGGCGGUUGCCACUGCAUUCUCCAGGAUAACUCUUGGGAGACAUUAUGUUCUCGAUAUCUUCGUCGGCGCGUGUUUGGGUGUGCUUGAAGCUCUUUUCACUCUCCGAUUUCUUAGGUUUCAAUUAUUAAACUGAGUAAAUGAUUUGCACCUUUCCGGAGCUCCGCGUUAAUGAGAAUGGCGUUGCCAUGGAAAUAACAGGGGAGGAAGCUUGAAGAAAAGGAUUUCCUUCUCUAUUUGAAGUCUAGAAGUAAUAAUAAAAACCAGCCUUUCUCUGUUGGCUUGGCUUGUUGGAUUAUAUGUAAAAUUAGCUCGACAUUGGCAACUAUCCUCCCAUUAGCAUUUGGGAAGGAAGGUCUUUAGUUCUAAUUCUGUGACAUCUCUUGUCUGAACAUUCAUUCUCUGGAAGCCUUUGCAUAAAUUGAUACCUCUACAAUUUGCAAUAUUAAUAAUGUUCUAGGUUCUCGUGGAGCACAAUGAUCCCAUGCAGCCCAGGGGGAUGGAUUCUUUCUAACUUGUCCUGAAUGGAUAUUGGAGAAGAGCAUUUUGAUAUUGGUACGUGUAUUGGAUCUUACGGUUAACAUAAUGCGAAGACAUGUUUAAGCUGGUUAGAUAUCAAUCUUUGACAAUUGCUUUUGGCCUCGCGGUUAUGUUUUUAUAUUACCUUUCUCCGAUCUGUACACGCAUUCAGAUGAUUGUAGACAUAUAUUAUUAGCUUCAAUGGUACACCAGAACUGUACAUAAUUUCUAUA